AUGGCCAAGGUCGAAGUACAGAUUCGGCAUUGUUUUUGCUGCGGUCUCUCCGUGGCAACGAUUCUAAUUGCACUUUAUUCUUUGUUGCUGUACUCACUCCUCUCCGGUUUGGGGGCAUGGGGCCUCUCUGAUACCGUUAACAAUGGAGAUCUUUCCCACUACAACAACUGCGAGCUGGAUGCAGAGGGAAAAAUUUCGGCUGACAGUCGAAAGGUGACCCUACACCCAACUGGAACUACCACUGUUGUUAUUGAAGACACGACGAGCUACCAUUGUUCGUUUGGGUUGUAUACAGAAGAACUGAAAUACUCGCGUGAUCCCCGAAAUCUCUGGCUGCUAAUCGACGUCUCGCUGUGGGUACUCCUCAUCCUAGCCUCUGUACUUUUGAUUGUUGGUAUCGUCAUCUACAAUCAUUGGCUACUCGUUCCAUGGAUGCUGCUGAUGGCUAUCGAUAUCAUUCGUGGCUUCAUCUCGACCUUCAUGAUUUUCUGGUUGAGCCAUUCCAACUUGGCUCGCAUCGCCACCGGUAUUUUCUUCUUGGGGCUGCAAAUUUUGCACAUCUCGUUGUUGAUGCUGAUCGUCGCAAAGUUCCAGAAGAUCUAUAAUAGGAGAAAUGGAAUUGUUAUGGAUAAUCGGGCGUAUGAUCCUCGUGCCUACCCGGGAACGAUGGCUUCAAACUACGCCUAUUCUCCUGAUGUUCGUCGUGAUGGUGGAUACUAUCCAGAUCCACGAGCUGAUCCUUAUUAUGGACAACCUCCUCCACCCGGACAUGCACCUGGAUACGAUAACCAUGGAUACCCAAGAUAU